AAGUUUAGAAUACUUGAUCUCUUGCAGGAAUCAGCCUCCGAGCUCUUCUCAGUUCUCACCGAUAAGCUCAUAUACGCCAUACGUGCCCCUUAAUUCGGAGGUCACGUCAAGAUUUUUAGCCGUGAUCGAUGUGAUCAAGUGUGGAGUCUCUGGCGCGCAGCUGGUGAGGUACAGGUCGCCAAACCACACAGGCCUGGCGAUGCCCCAAGAGCAUUCCCCUACUUUGGUGCUUAAUCCACCAUUGAGAAGGGAAUUUUCUAGAGUGGCUUGGACCAUCAUCGUCUUGGCGGUUGCUUUCGGGCCCAGCUUGCGUUCGAUGCGUUGCAAGAAUUUUUUGAUCAUUCGUGGAUACAUAUAGCCAUGUAGGACGCCGUGCUGCAGAAACCAGAGAUAUACGACGUAGUCGCAUGCAACGCUAAUUAAGCAUGGAGCGAACAUUCCUGGUACUAGCAGUGCUGCUGAUCCUCGCCGCGUCGCUCUACGCUUCCACGCCGGCGCCCACAGAGGGGGCCUUCUUCUUCGCCGGAGGAGACGUCCGCGUGGACCUGACCCACGUGGACGCCGGGAAGCAGUUGUCCAGGCGCGAGCUGGUGAGGCGCGCCGUGCAGCGCAGCAAGGCCAGGGCGGCCGCGCUGUCCGUGGCGCGCCUCGGCGGCAGCAAUAAGGGCGCGCGGCAGCAGGAUCAGAAUCAGCAGCAGCCUGGCUUGCCGGUGCGCCCGUCCGGAGACCUCGAGUACCUGGUGGAUCUCGCCGUCGGCACGCCGCCGCAGCCCGUGUCGGCGCUGCUGGACACGGGAAGCGACCUCAUCUGGACGCAGUGCGCGCCGUGCGCCAGCUGCCUCCCGCAGCCGGACCCGAUCUUCAGCCCCGGCGCCUCGUCUUCGUACGAGCCCAUGCGGUGCGCCGGAGAGCUCUGCAACGACAUUCUGCACCACAGCUGCCAGCGCCCCGACACGUGCACUUACCGAUACAGCUACGGCGACGGGACGACGACGCGGGGCGUGUACGCCACCGAGCGGUUUACCUUCUCGUCUUCGUCGUCGGGCGGCGAGACGACGAAGCUAAGCGCGCCGCUCGGGUUCGGGUGCGGCACCAUGAACAAGGGCAGCCUGAACAACGGCUCCGGCAUCGUGGGGUUCGGCCGGGCACCGCUGUCGCUCGUCUCGCAGCUCGCCAUCCGCCGCUUCUCCUACUGCCUCACGCCCUACGCCAGCGGGAGGAAGAGCACGCUCCUCUUCGGCUCCCUCAGGGGCGGCGUCUACGACGCCGCCACGGCCACCGUCCAGACCACGAGGCUGCUGCGGAGCCGCCAGAACCCGACCUUCUACUACGUGCCCUUCACGGGGGUCACGGUGGGCGCGAGGCGGCUGCGGAUCCCGAUCUCGGCGUUCGCGCUGAGACCCGACGGCUCCGGCGGGGCGAUCGUGGACUCGGGCACCGCGCUCACGCUGUUCCCGGCGCCCGUGCUGGCCGAGGUGGUCAGGGCGUUUCGGUCGCAGCUGAGGCUGCCGUUCGCGGCCAACGGCAGCAGCGGGCCGGACGACGGGGUGUGCUUCGCCGCGGCCGCGAGCAGAGUACCGCGGCCGGCGGUAGUGCCGAGGAUGGUGUUCCACUUGCAGGGCGCGGACCUGGACCUGCCGCGCCGGAACUACGUGCUGGACGACCAGAGGAAAGGGAACCUGUGCCUCCUCCUGGCGGACUCGGGCGACUCGGGCACCACCAUCGGCAACUUCGUGCAGCAGGACAUGCGCGUGCUCUACGAUCUUGAGGCGGACACCUUGUCGUUCGCUCCGGCGCAGUGCUGAUCGAUCCAGGCGCGCGGGCCGGGUGGAUCCAGCACCCACGCAUGCACAGUCAUAUGGGCAUGCAAUGCAAGUGUCUGUUCCGUAAAUAUAUAGGCUUAAUUAGCUACGCAUGCGUCAAAGGAGAUAUCAUGCACAAUAAGUACAUAAAAGGUUAAUUGAGGGUGUAAUAGUUUAAUAAGUGAUUAAGUGUUGAUUUUUUAAUCGGAUUCGCUAUUUCUUUCGGUCCAUACUGGACUA